AUGGCGACAAUCUACGAAAUAAGCCACAAGAGACUGGUCUGCUUCCUGACCUUGAUGGUGAUCGUCUUCGUCGACAUUUGGGUCUCGUUUGGGGCCACUUGGGUCAUUGGCAUUCAGGGCGAGCAGAGAAUGCAAAAUAACCAAAAGGUCGAAUCACUGUGGAGUCACUGUGAUUUGCAGCCAAAUUACAAGUCCGAACAAUGCGACACGCUCUUCUCCUCCAUCGGCGGCCCUUCUGUCGACGGGGGCAAGUACUUGGCUUGGCGCGCGAUGACUGUAAUUUCCGUGUUGACCUUUGCCGCCUCUGCUGCUUGCACUCUCCUCUCGCUCGACUGCGUCCUCAUGACCGACUCAAAGCAAUGGGCGGCCUUGGCGGCUGGCAGCUUCUCCCUUUUCUCCGGAUUGCUUCUUGCCGUGACUGCGAUUUGGUACUCGGUCGACAUGACAACUAGAAACAUUGGAUUCAACGGAUUCAACGGCGGUGGACGAUCUGCCCUUUCUACUAGAGUCGAUAUUUACAAUCAAAGACCAGGCCCUGGCUUGAUCUUCGCUUACAUCAUGUCCCUGGCAGCUGGAGUGAUCGGCGCGUGUCUGAUCAUCUACUCGAACGACGAGGACUGCUACGAGCCCGACGUGGGCAAUGCUGUGUCGGGUUUGACAAUGGUCCCUGGUAUCGCAGCGCCCGGUGCUUAUCAGAAAGCCCAAACGCGCCAACGAGGCUCUUAUGAAUCCACGAGGGGAAUUUCGCAAGCGCGGCGACCUUCGAUGCCAAUGAGCAUGAUUUCCGGCUUUCCUCGGCAAACGGCGCUGCGGAAACAAUCAGAAGCGCAGUUUCUUUCCGAAUCAAUGCAUGGAUCGAAACAUUCUAUCGACGGAAUCGACAGGACUCCUGGAGGACAGCUAGAUUAUAUUUAA